GACAGUGGUCGUUGUGGCUAUCUUAAAUUUGUAAUUUUCCAUUUCACCUAACUCUCACUCUCUCUCGAUGGAACACUCCGAUGGCAACUCCAGGCAGCCACUACUGGAUGGGCAGCCGGAAUCGAAGGCAGUUUUCAGCGCGGGCAGCCGUGACAUCGCUCCAAUCAGCGGAGUGGGAGACUUGUGCAGGGAAUUAACGGCGGAGUCGAAGAAGCUGUGGUACCUGGCGGGGCCAGCCAUCUUCUCGUUCGUGUCAAAGUACUCGCUGGGCGCCUUCACUCAAAUCUUCGCGGGGCACGUGGGCACCAUGGAGCUGGCGGCAGUGUCGGUGGAAAACUCCCUGAUCGCGGGGUUCUCCUACGGCGUAAUGCUUGGGAUGGGAAGCGCGUUGGAGACGCUGUGUGGGCAAGCGGUGGGGGCAGGGAAGAUGGACAUGCUGGGGGUGUACAUGCAAAGAUCAUGGGUGCUGCUCAUGGGCAUGGCUUCUGUUCUCUGCUUCUUGUACAUCUUCGCAGCACCCAUUCUGUUGCUGAUAGGCCAAGACCCCAACAUAUCGCAGGCUGCGGGAACCUUCGCCAUUUGGAUGAUUCCGCAGCUGUUUGCGUACGCGCUCAACUUUCCGGUGACCAAGUUCCUGCAGGCGCAGAGCAAGGUGAUGGUCAUCGCGCUCAUAUCCGGGGUGGCCAUGGUGCUGCACCCCGUCCUGUGCUGGCUCCUCAUGGUCAAGCUGGACUGGGGCCUCGUGGGUGCCGCCGUGGUGCUCAACGGCACGUGGUGGUUCGUCGUGGUGGCUCAGCUCGCCUAUGUCUUCAGCGGCAGUUGCGGCCGCGCCUGGAGUGGCUUUUCAUGGGAAGCGUUUCACAAUCUUUGGGGAUUCUUUCGCCUCUCUAUGGCCUCCGCUGUCAUGCUCUGCCUGGAAACAUGGUAUUUUAUGGCUCUAAUUUUGUUCGCUGGAUACCUCAAGAAUGCAGAAAUCUCCGUGGACGCCUUCUCUAUCUGCAUGAAUAUAUUGGGCUGGACCAUCAUGGUAUCUUUUGGGAUGAACGCCGCUACAAGUGUGAGAAUAUCGAACGAACUAGGAGCACGUCACCCAAGAAGAGCAUUAUUUUCUCUAGUAGUUGCGACGAUUACUUCGAUUUUGAUCGGGCUUGUACUGGCUCUGGUUCUGUUCAUCUGGAGGGAUGAAUACCCUUCCCUGUUUUCAAAUGACACCAAAGUGCAAGAUCUAGUGAAGGAGCUGACACCAUUUUUGUCAUGUUGCAUUGUGAUUAAUAACAUUCAACCUGUUCUUUCAGGAGUUGCCAUUGGUGCGGGAUGGCAGGCUAUUGUUGCGUAUGUAAACAUUGCAUGCUACUACCUUUUCGGAAUUCCUGUGGGCCUUUUAUUGGGUUACAAGCUUGACUGGGGAGUCAAGGGAAUCUGGUUAGGAAUGAUGUCAGGGACUGUGCUGCAAACGUUUGUUCUUUUGGUGAUAAUUUACAAAACUAACUGGAACAAAGAGGCCUCCCUUGCCGAAGAUAGGAUACGGACUUGGGGUGGACAUCAAAAAGCGAUUAAGCACGUCGAAAACGCUGAAGAAACAUGAAAUUGAAUUACAAGAGUUGGUACUACACCAAGUAUGAUCUUUGAAUUCAGGACGGACUUGCUUUAGUUUCUUUACAAUAUUAGCUACAAAGCCUUUUUUAAACUUUGUUUUAGAAAAUAAUCUUAAUUAAGGACAUUUAUUUCAAGUCGUUUUCCUUUUAUUUUCUGCUAUUUAAAUGUAGGCAUAAAUAUUUUUGUU